UUUAAUGAAUUAAAAUAUUCAGCAAAUUAAUUACCUGCAUAUUCCAUUGUCCCCCAUUCCUUAUAAAUGGGGACUACCUCUUUGAUUCCUAAAGUACACAACAAAAAUUUAAUUAAUAAAAAGAAAAAAAGAAAAAAGAAAAAUGGGAAUCUGUGCUUCGAGUUCAUCUUCAUUAAUACAUGACGAUAAUUUCGGGCAUGAAAAUGCUGUUUACCACACCGAAAUUACUACUUCCAAUACAAACAAUGGAUCACAGAGAAGAAUCGGGUCAACAUAUUCUCAUACUGGAAGCAAGGGAUUGAAUCAAGAUACUGCUAUUCUUUUCCAGGGGUAUGGAAAUGAAAAAGGAGUAUAUUGUGGGAUAUAUGAUGGGCAUGGGCAAAAUGGGCACGUGGUGAGUAAGAUGGUGAGAAACCGGCUACCGGCUUUGAUUUUGAGCCAGAUGACCGAAAAGUUCGGAAGUGGUGACCAAUCAGGAUUGAGUAUUAUUAAUUUGGUUAAAUGGAAAGAAGCUUGCAUGAGUUCAUUCAAAGUUGUUGACAAGGAAAUUAAACUUGUUGAUGGUUUGGAUUGUUCUUGCAGUGGCUCCACUGCUGUUGUUGUUAUUAAACAGGGUGAAGAUCUUGUUGUAGCAAAUCUGGGAGACUCAAGGGCAGUUUUAGGAACAAGAAGUGAGGAUGGAAUCAUGGCCGUUCAAUUAACUACUGAUCUCAAACCUGGAGUAAAAUCUGAAGCAGAGAGAAUAAGAAGGUUGAAUGGAAGAGUAGUUGCAUUGGAAGCAGAACCACAUAUUCAGAGGGUGUGGCUGCCUUAUGAGAACUCACCCGGCCUAGCAAUGUCGCGUGCUUUCGGAGAUUUCGUGCUAAAAAAUCACGGCAUUAUUUGCAUACCUGAUGUCACCUACCACCGUUUAACUCCAAACGACGAGUUCAUUGUUCUUGCCAGUGACGGGGUGUGGGAUGUGAUGAGUAACAAUGAAGUUAUGGGGGUAGUCUCCUCGUCUGCACAUAACGAAGAGGCAGCGGCGAAAGCAGUGGUGGAUGCUGCGAUUGCUUCGUGGAAACACAAGUUUCCGAACUCGAAGAGAGACGACUGCACAGCUAUUUGUCUCUUUUUGCAAUAAAUCAGUAGUGUGAGGACUUGUGCAGAUAAUUCAAACUUUCUUGAAUAUGAGAUUGUGCACAAUCAUAAAGUUCACUUGGGGAUGUUGUAAUGAAAAUUAGUUGUUUGGGUUAUCUGAUGAUUUGGUUGUGACAAAUCAGAGGCCUGUACUAGAGGUUAAUACUAUAGUAGAUAACUGGGAACCAAUUAGAAUUGGAACUCUAAGCUUGAUUAACGAAUAAUGUUUGUAUAUUUUAGCCUUUUUUUCUCUCAUUUUGAGUGGUAAUAAUAAUAAAUAAAUAAAAUAAUUCUUUUUCUAUGAAAUGAUUUGUCUUAUU